AUGUCGGAACACGCCCCUAUUGAUUAUCAACAACUCAACAAUAACCUUCAAAUCUUUUUUCAAGCGCACCCACCAGUCGAUAAUGUUCUCAGAACAGAAGCUUAUGCGCUUCUUCAACAGUGUCAACAUUGUCUGGCUCAAUAUGCAACGGAUUUACAGGAGGUAGAGGGAGAAACUGAGAGAGCAAGAGCAAUGUUUGAGCAAAAUCUUGCUCCUGCCCGAGCUCAACAGGCUGCUGUUGAGGUUGUUGCACCUGAUGAAGAACCCAUUGGAGAUGAUGUUCCACCUGCACCAUCAAUACCACCCGUUACAGGCACUAUCCAUCAGUGUAACGGAGGGUCUUUGGACGAGCAACUAUAG